ACAACAGCUGCUCCAACAACAACAACAGCUGCUCCAACAACUACCACAUCUGCUGCCACAACCACCACAGCUGCUUCAACAACUACCACAGCUGCUCCAACAACUACCACAGCUGCUCCAACCACAACAACAGCUGCUCCAACAACUACCACAGCUGCUCCAACAACUACCACAUCUGCUCCCACAACCACCACAGCUGCUCCAACGACAACAACAGCUGCUCCAACAACAGCUGCUCCAACAACAGCUGCUCCAACAACUACCACAUCUGCUCCCACAACCACCACAGCUGCUCCAACAACUACCACAGCUGCUCCAACAACUACCACAGCUGCUCCAACAACUACCACAUCUGCUCCCACAACCACCACAGCUGCUCCAACGACAACAACAGCUGCUCCAACCACAACAACAACUACCACAGCUGCAGCAACAACUACCACAGCUACUCUGACAACUACAACAUCUGCUACCACGACCACCACAGCUGCUCCAACAACAACAGCUGCUCCAACAACUACCACAUCUGCUCCCACAACUACCACAGCUGCUCCAACAACUACCACUGCUGCACCAACAACUACCACAGCUGCACCAACAACUACCACAGCUGCACCAACAACUACCACAGCUGCACCAACAACUACCACAUCUGCUGCCACAACCACCACAGCUGCUCCAACAACUACCACAGCUGCUCCAACAACUACCACAGCUGUAGCAACAACUACCACAGCAGCACCAACAACUACCACAUCUGCUCCCACAACCACCACAGCUGCUCCAACGACAACAACAGCUGCUCCAACCACAACAACAGCUGCUCCAACAACUACCACAGCCGCUCCAACAACUACCACUGCUGCACCAACUACCACAGCUGCUCCAACAACUACCACAUCUGCUCCCACAACUACCACAGCUGCUCCAACAACUACCACUGCUGCACCAACAACUACCACAGCUGCACCAACAACUACCACAGCUGCACCAACAACUACCACAGCUGCACCAACAACUACCACAUCUGCUGCCACAACCACCACAGCUGCUCCAACAACUACCACAGCUGCUCCAACAACUACCACAGCUGUAGCAACAACUACCACAGCAGCACCAACAACUACCACAACUACCACUGCUGCACCAACAACUUGCUGUAACAACUGCCUCCUCAACCUCAACCCCUGCUGCUGCAACCACAACCACUCCAACGACAACCACAGUUUCAUCAACCAGUGCAACAGCUUCAACUGUUAA